AUGCCGCGACCGGGGCUUGCGCGCGGCGAGACAGCGCAAGAGCCGGCCGCCCAGCGCGUUGGCGUCGAAGAAUCCUCCGCGCCCGGGAGGAAGGGCGCCCUGGUGAGGCGCAACGCGUUCGACGUCAAAAGGGAGAUCUUUGCGGUCGGCGAGAUGCCCGCCCUGGCGCGGCGGCUCCUCCGGAAACGGUUGGGGUCGGAGCUCGACGCCGUCCGCGAUAUCCUCAGGAAGGUGGAGAUCUUGUUCCCUGAUGCUGGAGAAACCCGCAUGGCUGUCCCCACCGACAAGGACGGCUGGUUCAUGGCCGCCGAACCACGCCCGGAGGCGCCGAUGGAGGAUGAUGGCAGCAGGGCGGCGAAGAGGAGAAAUGUGUCUCCUUUCGCAGAGCAGGCAGAGGAGAAGCCGCGGAUGACGUCGGAUCAGAGGAGGCGGCUGGCCGGUCGCCUGGCCUCGCUGGCGGCGGUGUUACCGGAUCACGUCGUCGCGUUCCUGCAGAACCAGCGUGGUGGAGAUGCCGAUCCCCAUGGCUACGGUGGCGAGAUCGAGGUCGCCGUGCACUGCUUGAAGGACGCGGCCCUGUCCAAGCUGAAGGAGCUGCUGGACAAAUUCGUGCCGGAGAGCACGCCCAAGAAUCACGAACGCGCAGCCAUGGAUGGCUCCGGCGUUAGCUGCCUGUCCCAGCAUCAAGACGCGGUAGAAAAGAUCGCCCCGGUGGAAGAGGACGAGGGGGAGGAUGUCUACCUCUGUGGCGGCGUCUCCCCCAAAGCGCUCCGGGACAUCGCUGAGGAGUACGACGAGCUCGUGGAUGGCAUCGGAGUUCAGCCCCUGUCUCCGCUCGCGCGCAAGUACGUCGAUCUCAACGAGCAAGACGCGUACGUUGACAUCUGCGGUGAAGGCUCCCCAGUCGUGUUGCUUGCAAAGGCCGGCGAGACCAGAAGCAGCCCAAGAUCAAGAAGCAGUGACUCCGAUGCAUCAUCGAGUGAUUCCGAUGCGUCCUCUAGUGAUUCCGACUCGAGCAGCAGCUCGGACAGCGACUCAGACGAGAGUGUCAGCAGCCCACCUCCGCUGCCGGUUCUUCACAAGGAGGACGACACCCCUGCGCAGAUACUGGCGUCGGCGCCAGGGGUGGUGCAGAUUGCUGAGGCAGAGGAGCUCCAGGAACAAUGCUUCGCGCCCGCGCUGACGGCGCGCCUGAUCACCAGCAGCCCACCUGCACCGGCAGCUCUUCCCAAGGAGAAUGUCACCUCUCCGCAGCCACCGGAGCCGGUGCGGGAUGCGGAGUACAGCAACAGAACUUCCCUUCCACAUAGAUCGUCGUGGGAGCAAGAGAACCUCCAGGACCUGAGCGCCGCGCCCGCGCCCGCUUCGGCAGCGCGCUUGAUCACCACCAGCCCACCUGCACUGGCGGCUCUUCCCAAAGAGAAUAACAACUCUCCGCAGCCACCGGAGCCGGUGCGUGAUGCGGAGUACAGCGCUAAGCAAGAGAAGCUUCAGGACCUGAGCGCCGCGCCCGGCCCGAUGGCGAGCUUGAUCACCAGCAGCCUACCUACAGCCGCUGCUCUUCACAAGGAGAACGACACCUCUGCGCAGCCACCGGAGCCAGCCCCUGAGACAGUGCAGAUUGCAGAUCCAGAGGAGCCCCAGGACCAGAUCGCCGAGCCCGAGCCGGCGGCUGGCCCGAUCACCGACCUGAUUGCCAAGGCGCAGGAGGCGAUAGAGCGGCGGCGGCGGCAGGAGAGGGAGCGCGCGAGGAAGAAAGCCCGCCAGGAGCUGCUCGAGGUGGAGCGGGCGGCGUUGCCCAACGAGCGCAUACACCCGCUGAUCAUGGAGGCGCUCGGCAUCGCCGCGUUCGAGCACAUCGUGAGCACCGUCGAGGACGCAAACACGGCGCGGGCCCGGGUGAACAGCGGCGAACUCCGCGUCGCACCCGACUGCCCCAGCAUCCUGCAGCAGUUGGGGCUCUUCCUGAAGGCAGACGUCGGCGGCGAGGAGCGAGAGCAGCUCCUGGGCUCCGCUCCUGGCCCCGAAGACAUGGAUGUGGAGGAAGGGGAGAUUCGAUAG